AUGGGCGGAAAACAAUCGAAAAAACCUCAACCACUCCCGGAGCCGUAUGAUUUUCGGGAAAUUCCACCCGACUCUCCAUCUCCGUCUGAAAUGACGUACUAUGAGAAAGGCGUGUCGGUACUACAACGCGAAAACUAUUUGUCUUUAUUUUUAAUGGACAGAAAGUUUUAUCACAGACCGAUUUUCGGCAAGCCAAUCACCGAGAGGAUUUCUAACGAGGCCCCAUUGGAAUUCGCGCCAUCCCCGCCACCACCACUUCCACUAUCACCGCCGCCACCAUUUUUAUCCAAAAACGCCGAAGUCAUCAAAAACGCCACAACAUCUUUCGACUCUUAA